AGCCCAUCGGAAUUUCAGACCACCAUUCUCUCUCUCUCUCUCUCUCUCUCUCUCUCUCUCUCCUCCGAAAGAACCAAACCAAUUUUCCCCAACAAUCAAUCAACCAACCCAACUUAGUCAAUUUUUCUCUUCGUUUGGGACUUUUGAUUUGUUCUUUGACGAAUCAAAAUUUGUGGAAGCAAAACACAGGACUUGGAAAUGGAAAACCUUUUGGGUCUACUAAGGAUUCACAUUCAGAAAGGAGUAAAUCUUGCCGUUAGAGAUGUCAGGAGCAGCGAUCCUUACGUUGUUGUCCGGAUGGGCAGACAGAAACUGAAGACUCGUGUAGUGAAGAGGAAUAUCAAUCCUGAGUGGAAUGAGGAUUUGACACUUUCUAUUGCAGACCCAAAUCUCCCAAUCAAAGUUUCAGUGUUCGACAAGGAUACAUUCAGCGCUGACGACAAAAUGGGAGAUGCAGAAUUCGACAUCAAACACUUCCUGGAAGCGGUAAAAAUGCGGCUGGAAGGAGUCCCCAACAACACUAUACUCACAACAGUGAAACCCACCCGCGACAACUGCCUAUCCGAAGAGAGCUGCAUUGUCUGGGCGGACGGGAAAGUCGUCCAGGACAUGAUUCUUAGACUGCGAAACGUCGAGCUUGGGGAGGUGGAAUUGCAGUUGCAGUGGGUCGACAUUCCCGGUUCCCGCGGAAUUUGAACGCAAUAGAUACACGAACUGUGUGUUGUGUUUCUACCGAUGUUGUUAGCUCCCUACUUAACAUGAUGGCACCAGAUUAGUUUCUCAAGUAGUUAAGUUGAAAAAAUUAGUUUGCUUGUUAUGUUGUAUUUUCUGUGUUCUGUAUCUGUGUAAAUCUAAUGAGUAGCAAGUGAACCGACUGGGGAAUUUCUGUGUAAUUUAUUUUAUUUUUUUUAAA